AUGUCCGAAUCGGCGUUUCGGUUUCGGAAUGUCCUCUGCGAAUACAGCAUGUCUCCACCUUCUGCGAUUGAUCGUCUCUUGUAUCCAAAUCUAAUGCUGCAAAUUCCUACUUUCCAUAUUUUUGGAGUUACUCCAGAAGGUAAGAAGGUAUGUGUUCACAUUCAUGGGGUGCUACCGUACCUUCUGCUGCGUGUCGGCGCCGAUUUCACUCCGUCGCUAGGUGUCCUUAUGCAGGAGAAAAUCAAUCGUCUUAUACAACGCGAGAUGGCACUGAAGGAAGAGCAAUCGGAUAAAAAGAAGAAGUUCAGUAACUACGUGUACAGGAUCGAACCGGUUAUGAGGAAGUCCAUUUAUGGCUACCACGAAGAAGAUGAACCGUUCGCGAAGAUAUACUUUUACAAUCCGUUACACCGUGCAAAUCUAGCCCAAGCGGAAGUGGACGACGGUCCCGUCAAUGCAGAACCAUUCGAGCGCACACACUCCCUCGUUCGGUUCAUCCAGUUUUUCAUCGACAAUUCGAUCUUCGGAAUGGACGAGAUUGUCUUAAAACGCGUUCAGUAUCGUGUACCUCCAUAUGUUGAUUCUCAAGAGACGCUCAUCGAAGGAGUGCUUGUCAGCGACGUUCUCAACUCGCCGUCUCUGCUAUCACCAUUGAUGCCGAUCACGACGUGCGCCAUAGAAUGUGAUGCAUUCGUCGGUGACAUCAUGAAUAAGGAAUUGCAUUCAGCCAAUGUUCAUUCAUCCAACCCAGGAUUGGAGUAUAUCUGGCGUGAAGAGGCGGCACGAUGCGCGGCACAGGGUCGCAAGCUCGAAGACACUUUCAAUAAUUUCUUAGAUGAAGUGAUAAGUGGUAGGUGGCAGGCCUGGCGCCCGGUUCGGAGGUCAAAUCCGGAUCAGCUCAUCUCCUGA